AUGCGUUUGGAGUCCGACCUGGCACAAGUACUGCUUGCUGCUUGUCGAGGAGAGCUGGGUGGGGUGUCACUUAGUUGGUCACCUGGAUCAGCUAUGGUAAUUGUGAUGGCAAGCAAUGGUUAUCCAGGGUCUUAUGAGAAGGGAACCAUCAUUAAAAAUCUUGAAGAGGCUGAGCUUAUUGGCCCAAUGGUUAAGAUAUUUCAUGCAGGAACAGCACUAGACUCAGAGGGCAACUUCAUUGCCUACGGUGGGCGUGUGCUUGGCGUCACUGCAAAAGGAAAGGAUUUAGCAGAAGCCAGAGAUAAAGCUUACAAAGCAUCUGAAGUAAUCGACUGGCCUGAGGGGUUCUUUCGACGGGAUAUAGGUUGGCGAGCACUUUCUCAUAUAUACACAAAGACUAGUUGA